GCUAAUUUCAAGACAGCAUAAUAGUGAAAAAGGAAAGCGAUACAUUAAAACAGUGUCAGUGAAGCUUCUAAAGUCUCAAAAUUCAGCAAGAAGAAGCCAUGAUGAUACUCAUUUUUGCACUGCUUUAAUAAGAAAUAUAAAAGAAAUAGUGUCAUUAUUAGGUCCCAAAAGUGCUUUAGUAAUAUCUCAAGAUGAUAAAGCAUGA